CAUCCAUUAUAUAAGGCGCACAUUCUUUCACUCUGGGCUUCAGUCAUUCUCACCUCAGUCAUCCAGACUGUCCAGGUGUUUCUCUCCUCUGCCGGGUGCAUCACUCUGACAAUCAACCAUGGCGACAAAGAUGGUCAUCCAGCAGCCCAAGCCUUUAGUGGUGGCGCCGGGUGCAGAUCAGUGGAGCUCCAGCAUCUGCGAGUGUGACAAUGUCAAUGACUGUUGCUUUGCGUUGUGGUGUUUCCCUUGCUUUGCCUGCAUUACGGCUAGAGACCACGGAGAGUGUAUGUGUCUGCCUCUGCUGGAGAGCUUUGGUCUCAUCCCCCCAAUUACCAUGGCUAUGAGGGUGUCCACCAGACGCACCUAUGGCAUCGAGGACUCCAUAUGUAACGACUGUGUGUACGCCUGCUGCUGCGGCCCCUGCUCCUGGUGCCAGAUAAGACGUGAGAUGAAGGCCCGUAAUCAUCCUGUCACUCUCUUCCACAACCGACCCAAAUAAUCAGCACCUGGAUCACUGUCACAACCAUCACCACCACCUUUAUCAUCAGGAUAAUUGUUUUCACUCCUCCAAGAGACAACAAAGACUCUGACAGCAAAGCAUCUAUUGUACAAACUAACCUGUCAAGUGACCCUUCGACCCUAAACUUGCCGCUCAGCUCUUAUCACUGCUCGAUCUCGUCACUGAUCUGGAAUAAGCUCUAGCAUUCCAGAGAAGCUGACUGCUCUGUGUUCGCUGUUUGAGGUUCAGAUCUGAGGAAUGAAGGAGUCAUGUGGAAUCCAGUAUCUGGUUAACUCAAAUGCAUGAAGACCAGAACCUCCUAAACAGCGUGCUGUAAAAUAUUCUGUGCUUCUUUCGAGUAUUUAUGCAGUUUCUUUUCCAAUCCUGCUGUUAACUGUAUUAUUAAAAUUGGUGUUCAUUCUGCUGAAUGUCCUAGUUCACUCCAGAAACUGUUAUCUCUUGAGAAAGUGAUGAGACUUAUUAUUUUAGAAUAAUAGAUACUAUGAAUUAUUUGCUAAUUAAUAUGUGAAUAUUGUAGUAAUGAGACUGUGGAAUCAAUGUGUGGGCCCACAGAAUAAUUUAGUUUUUAAACUAAAAAAAAAUUUUGUUUUUGAAAUAUUGUAUCAGAAUAUGACAAACAAAAAUAAAAGUACAUUGUUCUAAAAAAAAAAAA